AUGGCUACUGCCGACGGGUGCUCGGCCGACGAGUGUCCUGGAUGGUUACUUGGAUGGAACUAUGGCUGCUAUAAUUUGCGGGAAUAUAUUACUGCAAUCAUCGCUGGUGCAACGCAGUUAGUUUUACGCAUAUUUUAUAUUUAUGGAGCAGAUGUUUUACUAGAUGAGUUGUAUUUUGGACAACAACCUACAACGUCAGAUACGGAUGAUGCUCAUCUACGACGUCUACUUUGCUCUCCAAAUGGUUACAGAAUUAUAGACGUAGAUGUGACAAAGUCUCAGAAUAGUUAUGAUGUCACUCUCAACUCUGCCUUUGCGGGACAUGGAUUUCCUUUAUUUGCCGUCGAUGAGACUCAGGUUCCACCAGAUACAAAUAUAUCAUUUACAAGAAUUGCCAGCGCGACGGCUCCCAUAUCCGGCACAUUUGAUCUGACCCUGAGAGGUCAAACACUGAAAUCAAUACCGGUAGACAUUGGAUCGGAUGAUAUAACUGCAAUAUUGGAGCAAUUUGACGAUAUCGGUGUUGUGCAAUCUGGUAUUUCUGACCAUCCAUUCAACCGAUAUUUGAUGUUCACAUUUGACACUUAUGCGGGUAAUUUGGAACAAAUUCAUUUGAAUGCCACUUUAGUGGGUGGUAUUAAUCCUACGGCAUACAUGCACACAGUAAGGGACGGAGAAUACAGGAUCGACCCUCUAUAUGGAGAAAUGUUACAGACAGCCCACGGCAAACACCAGGUCACUGUUACUAUAAAUGAUGUUCCGUCAAGAUGUACCGGGAGUUGUACCUACGAGUGGUCAUCUGGAAGUACGCCAGUGAUAAACAACAUCACCCACGUGCAAGAACUGCCGUACACUACUGCACAUAUUUCUGGUAAUGGUUUCAGCGACAACCUGAGUAACAAUAUCGUGACGAUUGGAGGGAUCAUUUGUAACGUCACUAUGGCCACCAGUACAUUGAUCACAUGUGAUAUAGAUAAUGUAACGGGUGGUGAACACACUGUAGCCGUAGAUGUACUGGGGAGCGGGUUAGCCAAGUAUGGAGACGGUAACGUCACGAUCUUCUUCAGUACGCAAAUUGAUGGAAUAAAACCAACUAUGUGUGGACUAGGAGGUUCGGUGAAUCUUUCUAUCAAUGGUAGAGGGUUCAGUGGGAAUUCCAAUGUGACAGUUGGAUCCAAGACAUGUGAUAUAUUGUCUGUUACCACAGCCAGAAUCGUCUGUCUACUACCACCAACAAGUGUUGCAGAAGUGGGGUCGGUAACAGUACAUCAGAAUGGAGUAUUGUCAGUAAUGGCAGAUAAGCAGUUCUCUUACAACGAGUCGGUGACACCUAGAGUGACAAGCAUAUCACCAGAAUCAACAAGGGUAUUAAGUGGAGAUACACUUAUUGUAAUUGGUGAUGGAUUUGAGGCAAAUGACACUGUGACGUUACUGGUUGGUCUAGCGGAAAUCAACAUCACAUUCCAUAACAACAGCUAUUUAACUGCAUCUUUGCCUCCCUGCUCUUCAGGAAGUCAUCCCGUGAAAAUUAUCGUUGGAGAGAAUGGUGCCGCCCUUACCUCUUCAAACGAACUACCCACCAUCACAUGUACUCUUGAAGUGACCAGUGUCAAUCCUCUCAGCGGUUCUUUAUUCGGUGGUACCCAACUUACUUUGACGGGAAGCGGAUUUACCCCCGAUGUCAAAGUUAAGGUCGGAACGCAUGAAUGUGAUGUCACAUCCGCGAAUGAUGAUCAGGUUAUUUGCUUAAUCGCCAGAACACGAAAUGUCCAUAGAGUGAACAACCUCGGGAACCAUCCAGCUUUUGGGAAGUACUACUACUGGAGUCCACAGCAUAUAAAGGUCCUGGUAGGCGACAUCGUGCGCUGGGACUGGGACUUCCCGUUCUACAUCACGACAAUGAAACCAAAGGUUGAAGAAACUUACAACAUUACGACAAAAUAUGGAAAGUCUGGAGGGUUUAGUAGUGGUGUUGGUACAUCUUCAGGAUCGUAUUCCCGUGAGUUCAGUAAAGCUGGCAAGUUUUACUACUGGAGUGGAAUAAUUGAUCCGUACAGUACCACGUGGUUCCAUGGAUCUGUAGAAGUGGUAGAUCGAACAUCCUUCCUGGCUGAUGUCACUGUAUCAUUAGGAAAUUUUGAAGCAACUUACAACAUAACGACUACUGGGCAGACUCCCUCAACACCAGAUAACACGACAUGCAUCAAUCCAACUGACUCCAGAAAUGACUGUUCUGAUCCUUACCCAGUUCAAUCAACAAAUAGUUCAAAGAUUCCAUUCGCAUUCUGGACAUGCAGAACACCAGUAAUCGAAGCAGUAAGUCGACAGAACGGUACCACUAAUGACGAAAUACUUAUAUCUGGUGAUGGUUUUUCUGGUGUAAGCUGCGCGAAUGAGGUAGCAUUUGGAGAUUAUCUGUGUGAGUCUUCCUCGAGUUCAGUGUCCUUUCUGAUUUGUAAUAUUACUGUUAAGAAUACACCACGGGUUGGUCGACCACAGUAUCUUAAUUUUCUGGUAAACGGUCAAGGUUAUGCUCAAGUGAACUUGGAUUCAGACCUUCUGAAAACGUUUACAUUGCUUCCACUGGUAAGAUUCCUUUCCCCAACAAAUGGAUCCCGAGGUGGUCACACACGACUUACAAUAUCAGGAACCGGAUUUGAGGAUGGGAACCUCAGCAUCAUGACUGAAGUUACCGUCGGUGGUUAUACAUGUGGUAUAGUAUCGAUUUCGUAUAUGCAGAUCGUCUGUUUAACACCGAGUUCCACAAGUAUUGGACACCGCGAAGUGAUCGUCGUUAUCCAAACCGCCAGCAACACGCGCAUCCCUGCAAACUGCGAUGAAUCAUGUCAAUUUGUGUACGAUGACCUAGUGACCCCAACAGUAACUGAUAUCAGCCCCAGCAUCAUAACAGGUGAAAACACCACCUUGGUCACUAUUGUUGGUACAGGUUUUGGAGAUAAAACGCAUAAUGUAAACGUGAGCAUGACUUCAUUAGAGGAACAUGAUUGUCUAGUGAUAAAUGUGUCGGAUUCUGAAAUUAUUUGCUCCUUGACUAAUCUACCGUUAGGUCUUAAUCAAGCUGUGGUGGAUAUAUCCGAUAAAGGACGGGCGUUAUAUACUAAUGGUGAUGUUAUUCUGACAAGUUUACCAACAGUAUCAGCAAUUCUGCCAAAAGAGGGAAGCAUAUACGGAGGAACUUACGUCACAGUUGCUGGAAAUGGAUUUUCUUCAGACGUAACUGUUCAAGUAGGUGGACAAUCGUGCGAGGUUAAAAACACAACAUUAAAAUCACUGAUUUUCAUAACUCCUGCCAUCUUAUACGGAGUGAAAGCUGUGACUAUACAAGCUAACGGUGUCACUUUUCCCGUGCAAACAUUCAACUUCACUGACAACGUUUCUCCAAAAAUAUUUGCUGUCAAUCCGUCUUCAGGAACGAGAAAUGAAAACAUCACUAUCACCGGCUUCAAUCUGGGAAAUACAUUAAAUCAGACAAACAUUUUUGUAGGGGCAAGUGAAUGUCGUACAACUUCUGUCAAAGAUACGGAGAUCAAAUGCACUGUGGGUAGUAACCGUGCAGGGACAUACAACGUUUACGUGAAUGUGCACGGUUUUGGAGACUCUAAUGAUGAUGCUACUUUUACUUUUAACAUGACGGCAAAGUCGAUUUCACCAAAUUCAGGCAGUUUAGCUGGAGAUCAGACAGUCACACUAUCCGGUACGGGAUUUGACGACGGAAUGGUUGUUACUAUCUGUGGUGAUAUUUGUUACAUGUCAUUGGGAUUUACAACAGAUUCAGCGCAAUAUGUGUGCAAAACGCCACAUUCUUUAGGCUCUUUUUCUAAGAAUUGUACCGUCCAAGUUUCCGUCAAUGGCGUUGUUGAAACUCUUUUGGAUGCUUACACAUAUGAUGAUGCUACUACCCCGGUUGUUGAUUACUUAACUCCUAAACGCGGAGGCACCGCAGGGGGAACCCGCAUCACAAUAUUUGGAUCAAACUUUGGGUCGACACAGGUUGCAACGUUUGACUGCACGUCUUCAGUGACGAUUGCUGGAACUUUGUGUAACAUCACGUCCUGGACAAACACACAGGUAGUGUGUGUAACAGAGGCUCAUUCGAGGUCGGAGAGGGCUGUUGUCAGACUGGAGACAGGCUGUAAUGGAAAGGCAAAGGAGAUAAAUGCGGGAUUCCACUUUGUGGACGUGUGGUCAUCUGCGUACACUUGGGGAGGUACUGAUCUUGGUCUGCCCACAGCCGGAGACAUCGUGGUCAUUCAAAAGGGUCAGACCAUUCUACUCGAUACAGAUACACCGGUCCUCAAAAUGCUCCUCAUACAAGGCGGGGAACUUGUUUUUGAUGAAGAGGAUGUGGAACUGCAGGCUGAAAACAUAUUGAUAACAGAUGGAGGUUUGCUGCAGGUUGGUACAGAGGCUGUACCAUUCCAACACAAGGCAGUCAUAACAUUACAUGGGCAUGUUGGAUCCAAAGAGUUGCCGAUAUAUGGAACAAAAUCACUGAUUGUCCGAGAAGGAACACUAGACUUGCAUGGGGCACAUGUUCCUAUUACCUGGACAAAACUUGCAACGUCGGCUGCCGUUGGAGACACACAAAUAACGCUUCAACACAAAGUCACCUGGCAGAAAGGUGACACUAUAUUGAUAACAACGACGGGUGGUAUCAAUUCACAGUAUGAAAGCGAGACAGCCACAAUAACAUCGAUUGCCAUGAACAGGACCAUUACAUUGAAUAGCCCACUGACAAACCAACACCAUGGAAUUUCCGAAUUCGUUGAGGGUCGAGAACUUAAUUUUUCCGCGGAGGUUGGCUUACUGACUCGUAACAUCGUUAUAAGAGGAUUUAAAGACUCUUCGCAGGUCACAGCUUGUCCAGAUGGCUUUGAUCCAGGUUAUUUCGAGGUUUCGACAUGUUUUCAAGGGAGACAGGAGGGAGGAAAUAGAAAAGACCAGUUUGGAGCACACGUAAUAAUUCACACAACAGACCAAACGAAACAGCUAACAACAAGUCGCAUAGAGUUCGUUGAGUUCGUCCACGUCGGACAAGCCUUCCGUCUUGGUCGGCAUCCUAUCAACUUCCAUGUGACUGGUGACAUGUCCAAGUCGUAUGUUCGUGGAUGUGGAAUUCACGACACGUUUAAUCGAGCUAUCAACAUCCGUGAUACACACAACCUUCUUGUCGAAAGAAAUGUGAUUUACAACGUAAAUGGUGCGGCAAUAUAUUUGGAAGAUGGAACUGAGACUGGGAAUCUAUUUCAAUACAACCUUGGCGUGUUGGUGAAAGGAAGCUCACAACUAUUGAACGAUGAUAUCUCAGCAGCAACGUUUUGGAUCACAAAUCCAAACAACACUUUUCGUCACAACGUUGCUGCUGGUGGAACACACUUUGGAUACUGGAUUUAUUUGGAAAAUAUCGCAAUAUCCUCUUUAACUGGCAGGCAUAGACCGCAAUAUACUCCUCUCGGUGAAUUCAACAACAACACUGCACAUUCCUUAGGAUGGUACGGCUUAUGGAUCUACCCCAUAUAUACUCCGCGUGUGAUGUAUGCAUUCGACUCAUUCUCAUCAUCUCGAAAGGCUGCAGUAAUAAAUAAUAUGUACGUGUGGAACUGUCGCAAGGGAAUCGAGAUAGCCGAUAUGGGAGCCAUACAUAUCAGGGGUUUGAUUGCUGUAAAUAAUGUGUACGCUGGAUACGAAGGUAAAAUGGUAGUAGAAGGAAAUCAGUAUACUGACGAUGGACCAUUAGUUGAGAACUCUCUAAUCGUUGGCUACGUUCCGAGUAUGCCAUCACAGGGGUGCACGAAUGGAGGUGUUGUAUCUCCCUACAAGUUUGGAUUCACCAUUCGUAAUGUCAGUUUUGUUAACUUUGACCAACCCGACUGCUCGGCACUGACUAUCACUAGGAUUCCAGAACAGUGUGACUCUCUCUGUGGUGGAUACAUGUACAGAACUCAGAAUCUGACAUUUACGAAUGUUGAUUCUCGCGUAAGGAACGACUGGAUCUGGGAAUCGGUGUACGAAGACAUGGACGGGUCGCUCUGUGGAUAUGAUUUAUGUAAGGUGGUACCAUGCACUGAAACAUUGCCAACAAUGUGUACCAUCUUCUCACAAAACGCUACCAGUGUUCCAUUAUGUACUUGUCCAUCGGAAGUGAAAUUAUUUCGUUUUGCCAUAAACCCUUUCACAUACAGUAUAUCUGCAACCACUUACUACAUUUCAGUGUGGCCACUCCUCUUGACAAACAAGUACGGAACAACACAGCACCAAUAUCGGUAUGAUGCUAUAGACCCGUCCGAAGGCUGGAUGACUAACUUCGUAUCUGGUGAAUCAUAUCAAUCAAAAUUCAACGUUGUUAUCACGUUGACGAAUAUAACAUACAAUGGAUAUAUCUAUAGGAUGCAGGUAAGUGCAGGAUAUGCUAGCUUUGGUAACGUCGAAUUUUUCCAUACUGGACAGUUCCGAUAUUCUCUAUUUCCUCACUAUCCUUCUCUGACAUAUCGGAACGUCGGCACAGUAACGGAAGACAAAUCGUCGUUUGUGACAAAGUGUACAUUUCACCAUGGCUUCUCGUCAGCUGUAGGCGUGUACGGAACCAACAGUCUCGUAGUGACGGGAAAUGUCAUGCAUCACUCUGUUCUACUAGCGAUCGAAACGCAAUCCUUCAGGACGACAAUUCAUCGUAACCUAGUCGUACUUGUGAGUGGCAGCAGUUCCCGUUUUGGAGCUAUAAGUGGAAUGGGCUCCAAAGAAUUGACACUAACAGAUAACUCGGUCAGCGGUACUAAUGGAGUAGCUUUUCAUGUUCCUGGCGUAGAAUGUGGACUAACAUCCGGUCCAUCUGGAAAUGAAGCCCACAGUUCAUCUAUAGGCUUGGCCAUUUUUCCAGGGGAUAACGUCCAAGGCUCUUGUUACCAAGUAUCAAACUACUUCAUCUGGAAAUGUUAUGACAUUGCAAUAUAUUACAACAACAGACUGUCUGUAGUUUUGAUUAAUAAUACAAUGGCAGAAAAUACUCUGGGAAUUUACAACCAAAUAAUAGGACCAAGUGCUGCUGCUCAUUUGUAUGCGGCGAAACAAUGUACCGUAAAGGACAGCAUCAUCAUCGGAACGACCUCAUCAUAUAACUGCACCACCGACCAGGCUAAAUCUACGGGAAUAAGUAGUCAGAUAACUGGAGGUCAUGUCGGUUUGGUGUUUGCUUCUUUCAUGCAAGGAAGUAACAGCGCUCCAUUUUACGGCCUGACUGGAAUAAGGAACUACCCUGCAAUCAUGGGAAUUAUGAACGUUGAGGGUGUAACGUUUGCCCAUUUUAAGACGGUAUGCGGUACUAAGGACGUCAUGUUGACUACAAACAAAGCUAACGAUGAUGGACAACACCCUGUGGUGACUAGAAAAAUCACCAAGUAUAACUCAGAACACGAUAGCUCCUUCUUUAUUCAUCGACCGAACAUCGAGAAAAUAAAUCCGAGAGACUGUGUUGAUAUGGACUGCGAUGGACUAAAGAAAGCGUUAAUAAGGGACGAGGACGGCACGUUCUUAGGCUCAAUAGGCUCUGUCCUAUCUCAGUCAGAAUGGGAAUGGAAUGGUGUUCCGAAUAGGGGAUUGGGGGACUACAGGAUACCGUUGGAGAUGCUGACCACCCUAACAGGAGAACGUAUCAACGUUAGUAGCAUCGCGCCACACAAAGGUAUGAUGUCGAAGUUCGAGUCCGAAUCAAUGAUUCGCAUGUAUUUGUCUUAUAUUCGUCAUUCAAUUGAUGCAAGCUAAUAAUGCGACGCCAAUUAUGCUGAUUUACUAAAAU